UUUUACCUUGUCAAUACGACCGACAUCAGAAGCUGCGGCAAUGGCGAUGAACAAUGAUUUUGGAGCUUUCAUCGAGAAAUCUACAAUCUCUCCAACGCCUUCUUACUCGUCUCAUUCUCUAAAGGGUCUUACUUUCGCCAUUAAAGACAUAUUUGAUGUGGAAGGACGCAUAACCGGUUUUGGUAACCCAGAUUGGUUAAGGACACACUCGGCAGCUACUUCCACAGCUCCCGCAGUUUCAUCUCUCUUAGAAGCUGGAGCUACCUCUUUGGGUAUAACCAUUAUGGACGAAAUGGCAUACAGCAUAAACGGAGAAAAUGCACACUACGGGACUCCUAUAAACCCAAUUGCUUUCGAUAGAGUGCCUGGUGGAUCUUCAAGUGGUUCUGCUGUAGCUGUAGCUGCUGCUCUUGUGGAUUUUUCUAUUGGAACUGAUACCGGAGGGAGUGUACGAGUUCCGGCGUCUUACUGUGGUAUUUUCGGUUUCCGGCCAUCGCACGGAGUUGUUUCCACUGCCGGAGUUACUCCAAUGGCUCAGAGCUUCGACACAGUUGGAUGGUUUGCCCGGGACACAGCCACUUUGAAACGCGUAGGCUGCGUUCUCCUGCAGCAGCAGCCUCACUUGAACCACAUUGAGCCAACUCAAUUGAUAAUUGCUGAUGACUGCUUCAAGCUGUGUAGUGCACCACGUGAUCUGUUGGUGCAGCCACUGGUUCUAUCUGUGGAAAAAUCCUUUGGAGGCAAUACUGUAACGGAGAACGUGAAUCUUGGAGAAUACAUCCAAGAGAAUGUUCCAAGCCUGAAGCAUUUCAUGACAGGUGACGAUGUCACGACACAACAAGAUUUCUGCAUUCCAUCUCUCAUGGCUCUAUCGAGUUCAAUGAGAUUGUUACAGAGGUAUGAAUUCAAGAUGAACCACGGUGAAUGGGUCUCAUCGGUGAAGCCAGAGUUUGGUCCCGGAAUAUCAGCACGGAUUGAGGAAGCUAUCAGGACAUCCGAUGAGAAGGUCGACCAUUGCCGGUCUGUGAAAUCCGAACUUUCAACGGCUCUUUCAACUUUGCUUGGGGACAAGGGUGUGUUGGUAAUUCCGACGGUGCCAGGUCCUCCACCGCAUCUCAAAGCUGACGUGGCUGCACUCGAAUCUUUCCGCAGCCGAGCCUUUAGCUUGUUGUCGAUCGCAGGCGUUUCUGGAUUCUGUCAGGUGAGCAUACCAUUAGGGCUACACGAAAAUCUUCCGGUAUCGGUAUCCUUGGUAGCUAAGCAUGGCUCAGACGGUUUUCUUCUGAGUCUUGUGGAUUCCCUUUCCAAAUUCAUGGCUAAGUACGUUAUUGCAAACAAGUUGUAACUAACUAUUUACAUGUGGGACAAUUGAACUCGUCUUUAUACUUUUAGCAAUCAAUUUAUAUAUAUCUUAGCUAA